AUGGAUAAAUUUUAAGAAUGUAAUAUUUAUACUACUAUUAAACUAUAGUGAUUAAAUAAAAGACACUACUACUGACAUACAAUAAAAUCUGACAAAUUUAGAAUAAUUAUCACAUCUCGAAUGGUCAGGAAUAUAUGGAUAGAAUAAUUAGAAGAUUGGGAUUUGGAAAACAAUAUGGAAGGGAUAGACUUUAAAUAAUGUAGGUGGUUGGUACUCAAAUGUUGGAAAAAAAAUGGGUUUAUGGAAAUUAUUGAUUCACAAUUACUGGAGGUAAUAUUAAUUACUUUACUUAAAAAUAGUCAAGCCUAAGCAUUUUAAAGUAGAUAAUAUUCUAAUGAUAAAAAAAUUGGUGAAUGGAAAUAUAUAUAUGACAAAAAAAAGAUGUAUUAAUUUUAAUAAGCUAAUUAGUGGUGGCGGGUUAUACAAUUAGUUAAGGUUUAAGAAUGGUAAAUAGAUUGAGUUAAGUGAUGGAUUUUCUUCCUAAUCUUAAGUAAUUCUUGAAGGCGAAUAUAAAAAUGGUAAAAAGAUUGGUAAAUGGGAUAUAUUUUGUAGGAAUGAUAAGAGGAAACCAUUUAAAUAAAUGUAAAAUUAUAUUUAAAAAUUUUCAAGUGGUGGUGGAUCAUAUGAUAUUGAUGGGAUGAAAAUAGGGAGAUGGGUUGAUUUUAGUGAUGAAUUUUAUAUGGAAACUUAAGUAACAUAUAAUGGUGAAUAUAAAAAUGGCAAAAAAAUUGGUAAAUGGGAUAUUAAAUAUCUACAGCCUCAUUUAAAUGAGAUACAAUAAAUGUAUAAAUUAAAAUUAUAUUCAUUAAAGUUUUAGUGGUGGUGGAUCAUAUGAUGAAGGAUGUAAAAAUGGAAAUUGGAUUGAGAUGGAUGAUAAAUUUAAUUAUUUUAGGUAAUCAACUCAUAACGGCGAAUAUAAAAAUGGGAAAAAGGUUGGCAGAUGGGACAAUUAUUAGAACUAUUGUGGAAAAAACAAAAAAUGUAAGAAUAUUAAAUAUUAUAAAAUAAAAUAUUUUUAGUGGUUGAGGAUCAUAUGAUGAAGAAUGUUGUGGGAUGAAAAUCGGUUAGUGGAUUGUGGUUGAUGAUGAAAAUUAGUAAAUAACUCAUAUUGGUGAAUAUAAAAAUAGUAAGAAAAUUGGUAGAUGGGAAAUUUUAUUUUAGGAUAAAAGUACAUAAGAAACUAAAUAGAUGUAAAUAUUAUAUAAACUAAUGUUUUAGUGGUGGUGGAUUAUACGAUGAAGAAGGUGAGGAGGAAAAAAUUGGUUAUUGGACUGAGCAAUGUGGUGACUUUCAGAAUGGUAUGUUCUCUUAACAAAUAACUAAUAAUGGUGAAUAAAAAAUGGUAAAAAAGUUGGUGUUUGGGUGA